CACCGCGAUGCAUUGUGGGUCUCGUGCUCUGCUGUCGCGACAUUCCCACCCGUCGGACUAAGAGGUCCAUGGUCGGACUUCACGUGAAACUUAAAACUAUUUCCGAUUAAAUGAUUACCCACCCGGAGUCAACAUGCGUGCGUCAACAUCAGCCGUAACUCUGCAAAUAAAAGUUUGUUUGCAAAGUUAUCUGGAAACUGUGGCUGGCAGCGUUUAGCUUGGUGGCUAGCUCCUAAACAUGUUGCAGAAGUCAGGGUUAUGUAUGUUAUCAUGGUGGUAAGGUCUUGUGUAUGUUGUGCACAUCAUGGUUAGGAUGCGAUAAGGAGAGGUUACCGUUGCAUUUACUCUCACGCGGACCUAUGCACCUUGUUGUUGACGUAGGUGUAGAGCUUGACUGCUCUUUUUAACCUGUUGGCUGCACACACAACGGCACGUAAACCUUUCUGGAGUUGACUUUUCAUCUUAUAAUAAGACAUGUCUUUUGUCCAUGCAUUCUCUUUAAAUCAGCUGUUUCACCGAGACAUAUGAUGGGUGUCGAUUAUCGGCUUUCCUUAUCCGUUGCACUAUUUCCUUGCCAUACGUUUAUCCUGAUCUGACAUUGAUGUCAGAGUGCUGCUGACCUUACAUCUGCAACUGGCAUGGCGCUAUUUGGAAGGGCCGUUUAUUGUGCUGGUCUGGGGAGGCGAGCAGAGGCCGUGCUAUGGCUGAACCGAGAGAUGCUCACCAGCACCAGAAACUGCUACAGAACAUAUCUUCCAGGAGCUGGGGGUGUUAUUAACUCUUUAACUGCAUGUUUUGUCAGCAUGAGUUGCACUGCUAGAAUAGGUAACCAAAAACAGAGAAACAGAAGGUCAGAGAUCCACAACUGUGUUAGAGCAGCAAGCGGCAGGACAUGGUUAUUGCCCCCAAACGUACCAGGCAGGCCAGCAAUACCGGCGUUAAGUCAUCAACUUACAAGUCACAGACCAGUCGCUUUCGGAAAAGAAACGCCGCCCAGAGGAAACCCAGUUUGGAAUGCCUCCUCUGUUCGCCACAGAGCCACAGACGCUCCACCGCUCUCGAUUGUGGCUCCUACCUUUGUUGUGAUGAAAUUUGACAAAGAAGGAAACGUCACAUCCUUUGAGAAGAAGAAAACGGAGCUGUGCCAAGAGCUGAGUCUGCAGACCAGAGACCUGCGCUUCCAGCAUCACACCAGCCUCACAGCCCGGAACAACUGCAUCAUCAUCCGCAUGGAGACUCUGAGGGCGGUGGUGACCCCCCAGUGCCUCCUGGUGCUGGACUUCCGGGGCCUGGGCCUGGAGCGCUGGCUGGUGCUGGAGCUGGCUCAUCAGCUGGCCUCGCACACCAACCCACUGCCCUUCGAGUUCAGAGCUCUGGAGGCCAUUCUGCAGCACAGGGUCUCGGCGCUGCAGGCCCGGUUGAACGAGGUCCACCCGGUCAUCCUGGACACGCUGGAGUCCCUGGUGGACCCCAAGCUGCUGUCGGCGGAUCGUACCAAGCUGCACGUCCUGCUGCAGAACAGCAAGAGCCUGUCGGAGCUGGAGACGGACAUCCGGGUGUUCAAGGACUCCAUGUUGAAGAUCCUGGACGAGGACGAGAUCAUCGAGGAGCUCUGCCUCACCAAGUGGACGGACCCCCGUGUGUUGGAGGAGAGCAGUCUGGGUAUUGACCAUGCAGAGGAGAUGGAGCUCCUGUUGGAGAACUACUACAUGCAGGCCGAAGAGCUAGGCAACGAUACCAGAGAGCUCAAAGGACUGAUAGACGACUCAGAGAGCGUCAUCUUCAUCAAUCUGGACAGUCAUCGUAAUGUGAUGAUGCGCCUGAAUCUCCAGUUGACCAUGGGGACCUUCUCCCUCUCCCUGUUCGGUCUGAUGGGCGUGGCCUUCGGGAUGAACCUUAUGUCCUCCUUCGAAGAGGACCCCCGAGUGUUCUGGCUGGUCACGGGCUUCAUGUUCCUGGGCAGCGGCCUCAUCUGGAGACGACUGCUGUCCUUCCUGGGACGACACCUGGAACCGACGUCACCCCCACCGAUCCCUCCAGUCUGGAAGAGGAACCUGAAAACCCAAGACGCCAAAGCCGGACUCCGGUGACUGGGAAAAACCUUGUUCUACCUCAGAGAGUCACUAUCGGUGACUCAACAACCCCCCCCCCCGUCCAGCUGCACUACGCCUGAGCAGUGUUUAUUUGUUGAUUAUCCCAACGCCCACCAGACCGACGGCUAACUUCAGCAACCAGCCAUGUCCAAAAAAGGGAAAUGCCUCCAGUCCAGUCAGACAUGUGUUUUGGGGGCGUGGCGUUCUACAGUGAAGACUAAUCGGCGUUCUACCGGUCUGUCCUGGUCCCUGUAGUCCCCCCCCCCCUCCGGGGGAACUGCUUCACACCCGCAGUUGGUCUCAACUUUGGGGGGCAGUUGGUGGAUAGAAUAUAUGAACAGGAUGUGUUGCUCUGUCCUAAUUGUUGUUUUGGGCAUGGGGAUAAGUGGCCUUAUAAGACAAAGGCUUAGAAAUGUGCCUUGUCUUGCCAUGCAGUUCCCAGAGUUGCCUUUAGAGGGCAGCAAGACUUGCGCAAAAACAAGUGUCUUUCAGGUUUUUUAUAAUGUUUCAGUUGGUUUCAAUGGAAGUAGAAAAGCUGAAUAUGUUGUUUUUAAAAUAAGGACACUUUCAAACAUAGAACAAUAAUAUACAUGAUAUGAAGAUGAACUUAUACUUUACAUAUGUUACUGAAAUGUGUGCUGUAAAACAUCUCAAGACUUUGCCAACAUCAGAAAUAGGUUUUCUAAAUAAUAUACAUGGCGAGGAUAGUUUAUUCAUAAACCUUUGUCUAACUGUUUUUACAACAAAGAAUUGCAAUAAAAUAAUGCAUCUGUACAGUAA